AUGUCUAAUCGUCAAGGUUAUUUCCCACUCAGCUCACUAUGCUGCCUCAUUUGGAUUUGCUUGGAUGUGCUCUUUUGUACAGCCAGUAUAAUGCAUCUCUGCACCAUCUCAGUCGAUCGCUUUUUUUCGCUGGCCUUUCCUAUGCGCUUUGGUCGGAAUAAGACUAGUCGACGAGUCUUUUUAAAAAUCGGUCUAGUUUGGUUCCUAUCCUUAUCGACAAGUCUACCGCUGUGUUUGAUGUACUUGAAGAAUCACGACUCAGUGAUGGUUAACGGUACAUGUCAGAUACCUGAUCCUGUUUACAAAUUGGUCGGAUCAAUUAUUUGCUUUUAUAUACCGUUAUUUGUUAUGUUACUUACCUACUGUCUGACUAUACGUCUAUUGGCGAAGAAAAGCCAUAAUCUGGAUGGAAUGAGUCAGCCGCAGACGCCGGGUUGGGCGAGUAUUUGGCUGGGGCAAAGCAGCGCAUUUGAACGUCGUCGCACCUGGCGUCAACUACUCAGACCCAACUCUAGCGCAGUGACGCAGGCUCAAUCGGCCAACUCCACCGACACAGAGCUCUCCACCCUGGAUACCCAUGAAUUGUGGCUGACCGAAUCAAACACACCAGAGCACGCAGCCACUACUGUGACGGCAUUGCAACAAUUCGGUGCGGAAAUGUUGAAAUUGUCGAGAGGUCUAGAGUCGGUUGCCUCCUCUUCGACCACUUGCUCACCAACCAAAUCGGAAUUUUCAUCAUCAAAUCAUUUCACCGGCAACAGUCCACAGCAUUAUGUGACCAACAAACAAUCCAGUCAACAACAGUCGCACCUCCAGCACCAUCAACAACAACAACAACAUCUGAGUGGGGAACAUCAACAAAUACCCACAGCGGCGCUGGCGGCUGCCGCAGCUGAUAGUCCUCUGCUACUGCGUUCAACUAGUUUGCGGCGUAGUGCACGUAGGGGACGCAAAAGAUCUCUUUCGCCAUCGUGCAAAGCGCAGCGUUCAAUGAUGCCCUGCAAGAAUCGUCGGCGCUAUUCCACGGCCACACAGGGCAUACGAGAGGUACGGCCCGAUACGCCACCACCACAACGGCGUAACCGCUUCAACAGCUUGCCCAAAAAUGCAUUACUCUUCCUCUCCCGCCAAAACAGUCAAGCGACUACUAGUACCGACUGUGAUGCAUCGCCCGCUAAAGGACAUUCCGAUUCAGAUGUAGAGCAAAUCAACAAAUCGCAUUAUCAGCGAGUCAGUGAAAAGCAGAUUGAGUUGCCGCCAGUAUGCACGUGCCCAUACUUCGGCGAUCGGCCGCUGCAAAAUUGCGUUAAACCAGCCGAGGUCAAAAUCAUAUCAACCACUUUUAAGGUCACCAACGCUAUGGAUAUCGAAAGCUUGCUCAAUCCGCCCGAGGAGGAGCUGAGUAGUAUUUUGGUUACAAGCACUGCAAACGGCAAUGGCACCGUCUCACGUCUCAGCCCCAACUCGGCGGCGCACAUGAACAGCAACAAUACGGGUAGUUCGCUUACCGUGCAUUCCAGUGAUGGCAGUACGACUGGUUAUCUGAGCGUAGGUGCGCCACCCGGCACACCCUGCCCGGGACGACGUAAGCUCAGCAUCUCAAAGACCGCUUCGGUUGUGAUGUGGGAUGCGAGCCGGCACCGCAGACGUGGUUCCAGCUUCGGCAGUGCGCGCACCACAUUACUGCUCACCCCAACCAAAACCGGCAGCGCGCUAACGUCAUCAUCGUCAGCAACCCCACUACAACGUUCCGCCACACUGCGCAGUCACAACAAUAUGAACUAUCUUCAUGCUUCGGCUUCCGCGGGUGAUAGCACAACCAACACGAUUGACUUAAGCAGAUUGCGUCCACAAUUUCGCACACCACACUCCUCACCAUGUCAGCUGCAACGCAAUCAGACCGUACGCUCACACCAUUCGCGCAACUCAAGCGUGAUUUCACGGAAUUCAUCGCGCCAUGGACGUAUCAUCAAACUCGAGCAGAAAGCAACAAAAGUGCUGGGUGUUGUAUUCUUUACCUUCGUUAUACUGUGGUCGCCCUUUUUUGUGCUCAAUCUGUUACCCACAAUAUGUGGUGACUGCGAAAAUCGCAUAGCACACUGGGUAUUUGAUGUCGUUACAUGGCUGGGCUAUGCCUCAUCGAUGGUCAAUCCCAUCUUUUACACAACCUUCAAUGAGGUGUUUCGGAAAGCCUUCAAAAAGGUGCUACUUUGCAGAUACUCCUCUUCGUCGAGUUGGAACCCCAGCAUGUAGCAACAGUUGGAAUUCACGAAAACGAAAAUUAAACAACAAUCAUCAGACUCGAGUGCAUCCGGUCUGCUGGCAAUUAUCAAACGUCGCAGUUCUUCAAGUCGCAGUGGGAGUCGGAGCAGAUAGAUAAUGGAUU